GAACAGCUCUCACAGUGAGGAAGUUCUUCCUAAUGUUCAGGUGGAAUCUCCUUUCCUGAAGUUUGAAGCCAUUGUUCUGCGUGUUAGUCUCCAGGACAGCAGAAAACAAGCUUGCUCCCUCCUCCCUAUGACUUCCCCUCACAUAUUUGUACAUGGCUAUCAUGUCUCCUCUCAGCCUUCUCUUCUGCAGGCUAAACAUGCCCAGCUCUUGUCACUCCUCAUAGGGCUUGUUCUCCAGACUUUGAUCAUUUUGGUUGCCUUCCCCUGGACACAUUCCAGCUUGUCAACAUCUCCCUUCAAUUGCGGUGUCCAGAAUUGGACCCAGUGUGAUUCCAGGUGUGGUCUGGCCAAGGCAGAAUAGAGGGGGAGCAAGACUUCCCUGGAUCUAGACACUAGACUCCUAUUGAUGCAGGACAAAAUCCCAUUGGCGGCCGACUACAAAUCCCAUGUCUCUACAGCAAGGAGCCAAGGCCGUUGAAGUGGUGUCAAGUUGCAUUGAUCAGUAUGUGGAUGCACCUGGCUGUAGUCAGUCCCUGGCGAUGCGCUGAUGCUUGGGGCAAAACUUCCAGGAAUGCGGGCAGGAGGCACCGGCGUCACCGUUCCUGGAGAAGUGCCCUGGAGGCAGAGUCCUUUCCCAGGCAGCCGAGCAAACCCGUCAGCCUUCUCCUCUCCGCCUGCCUCAUCCCCUUCGAAUGGGCAGAGCCAGGGACAAGGGGAUCGGCGGCGACCAAUGGCCUUCGCGGAGGAGGAGCUGGGGCUGGGGACGCGGGAGGGAAAGGGCUUGGCAGCCCGGUCAAACGCGCCUCUCGGAGCGGAGUCCCGGCGGCGGCGCAGGAGGCAAAAAUGAGAGACCGACUCUUUGAACUUUACGAGCAAGCUAGGUUUUACAACCAGCAUUCUUCUACAGCUGCGGACAAUGUACAGUCAUCACAUGAAAAUCUUCUAUUUGAGACGGAUUAUGCCUUAGCAAGUCUUUACAAAGACAUUCAAGGAAUUCGAACAAACAAUCACCAUCUGAAUGAGGAUGUCAGGAGGCUGGGUAAACAAAAUACUCGCUUCCUAACAUCCAUGCGCCGCUUCAGCAGCAUAAAACGUGAUGCAAACUCAAUAGCUAAAGACAUCAAAGCCCGUGGUGAAGAUAUCCAUAGACGACUUCAGGUCUUGAGAGAUUUCAGUGAAGAUGCAGAAACCAAAUAUGGUUCAAAUUCAAUUAUCUCCCGUGUGUCAAAGGAUCACUACGUAGAUCUUAUGCAUGCAUUUCAGGAAGCUAUGUUUGAAUAUAACAAGAUUGAAAUGAAUCAGCGGGAAAACUGCAAAGUGAGGAUCCAGCGGCAGCUAGAGAUCAUGGGCAAGGAUGUCUCUGGGAACCAGAUAGAGGACAUUAUUGAGCAAGGCAGGUGGGAUGUUUUCUCUGAGAACCUUCUGUCUGAUGCAAAGGGAGCUCGCUCAGCCUUGAAUGAGAUAGAGACACGGCACAAAGAGCUGAUGAAACUGGAGUUUCGGAUAAAAGAAGUCCACGAACUCUUCAUGCAGGUAGCCUUGCUCGUAGAAGAACAGGCUGACACCUUUGAUAUUAUCGAACUCAAUGUGCAAAAGGUUGAAGAUUUUGUUGGAGAAGCUAAAGGGGAAGUGAGAAGAGCUCUUGAGUACAGACGGAAACAUCCUUGCCGAACAAUCCUAUGUUGUUGUUUAUCGUGCCUUAAAUGUUGACUUUCUUCUUUAAGACAAUAAGAUCAGUGUAAUGGGGCACAUUCAAAUUACACUUACAGCUUGUGUUAAUUUCAUUUCUUUUGUUGACUUAAAUAAAUACCGAAAUAAAAGCACAUAGGGAGUGAUGAUGUGCUUCAGAGUAACAGAAGGAAAGAUUUGCCUCCCAGCCCACAUUGCUAGCAGAGUUUCUGACAUAGUGGUGUUAUAUACAAAAUCUUGGGAAUAUGGAUGAAAUGAGCAAUAAAUUGUUUACAAAUUAGCACUUUAAAAGCAAAGAUAAAUGGUGUAUUAUGAACUUAAAUUAAUAAUUUGACCUGGAGAAAAGUGAAUUCUACAUCCAUAAUGAAUGCAGUCUGGAUACUGCAGUCAGGGCAACUAUCCUGCAAGCAUGACUCAAAACUUUUGAUAUAAUUGUGUUGUAACUAUAAAAAUACUUAUUUUUAUAAAUGUACUGAUGUUUCUAUGUGUUAUAUUAAGUAAAGCUACAGGAGUAUCUGUUCUGUCUGUACUAUAUGAAAAAACGUAGUUGAACUUUAUCAUCUGUCCAAUAGUUCUAACCAUCAUAACUGCUCAACUGCUUAUAACUAAAAUGCCAUAGCUCAAGAGCAGCAGCCUUUAGUCUAAGAACACAAGGGUAUGAGGUGGGGAUGAACUGAAGAUUAAGCACUGGCAACUGAAAAGCCUUGACAAAGUGUGAACCUAAGAAACAAAAAAGUGGUAAAUAUAGUAAAUGUUUGUGGAGAUCUAUGAAUCAAAUACUUGGAGCCCUGAAGAAAGUUGAUGGGAGAGAAAGGGAACAGAAAAUCAUCAAUUAAGUCCCAUGGUGUUCUGAUCUGUGACAAAUAUCAUUUACCAUAUCGUAACAUAUCAUGGACAGAAAUAAAUUUUCAGAGAGAAUGCAACUUGUUUCAACCAUACAGGGACAUCUGCAAGCAAAUUCUGUAGUCACUUAACUGUACAUCUGUUGACUUCACAAAGGAUAAACUUCCAUUGCACAUCUGGAAACUUGAGUAUUUAACUGGUGCUUUAGAUAUGAGAUGUUUAUUUCUGAAAAUAUGUAUAUAAUAAACUUGCACUGUUUUAUAACUUUACUGCAAUUCCAGUUUCCAAACACUGAAAGUUUUUUUAUAUUUAUAUUGGUAUUUUUAUUUUUAAUAAAUAUGCAGCACUUCAGACUUA